ACCUGAAGCGGAUCGCCCGCCCGACCGACAACACCUUCGGGCCAUUCGUUCGACGCGGUCGCGCGCCUCUCGCUUCGCCGGCAUCAAACGUUCGACGGCGACGGCGUACAGACGGGCGCUGCAUAGCUCGUACCCAAAGGCAAGGAGCAUCCGCUCAGGGGCUUGGAGAACAAACGGUGCCAACAAGAUGUGGCGGCAAAGCAUUCCUGGUUCUAUGCGCUGUGCAGCUGUUGAGCGCACGGGCUGAUGAUGAUGAGAAGAAACCCGUGGUGUGUUACUACUAUGGCGAGGCCAUGUCGCGGCCGAGCCCGAUGGAUUACCGGGUCUCGGACAUACCUGGACACCUGUGCAACUACGUCACCCUGGCCUUCGUCACCAUCAACUCCGAGACAUUCGAGAUGGAGUCCAGCAUGUCGACCUACCUCAACAACACUGGCCUGUACCAGGAGUUCACGUCAAUAAAGAAGAAGUACUCGCAUGUAAAGACGCUCAUUUCUGUCGGAGGCUGGGAGUAUGGACACAGCGUGUUCUCACGCAUGGUCAGCCACAGUGUAAGCAGGCGGAGGUUCGUGAAGAGUGCGGUGCGCUGGAUGCGUCAGUACGGCUUCGACGGCCUGGACAUAUCCUGGCAGUAUCCGGGUACGAUGGUGCGCGGAGGCAACCACGGUGACAAGGAAAACUUUGUGCUCGUUAUGAAGGAACUCAGGUCUGAAUUCCAGAAGUACGACUUCAUGCUCUCAACGACUAUUCCAAUUGACCCAAUGCUCCUGAAGACCGGUUACAACGUGGCGGCUCUCUCGAGGUACGUGGACUGGUUCAACGUGUUCACGCACGACCUUCGUGGCACGUGGACGGGCUACACGGACGUACACAGCCCACUCAGGAGGCGCUGUUUCGACAGGGGACCAUACGCAUCUCUCAACGCGGAGGACGGCCUGAACCGCCUGGUGAAGCUGGGCGCACCCAAGAAGAAGUUGAUGCUAGGCAUUCCCUUCUACGGGCGCAGCUACACGCUACAAGACCCACGCCGACAUGCGCUCGCCGCGCCCACGCGACGAGACGUACACGCCGUACCGGGGCCGUACGUCAUGUCGGACGAGAUACUCGCCUACUACGAGGUUUGCAUGGACAUCACGAUGCUGUCCUGGAGACGGGAAUACGACGAGGUUGGCCAGUGUCCUUACGCCUAUCGCGGUGACCAGUGGGUCGGAUACGAAGACGAGGAGAGUAUCUCUGCAAAGGUGGACUUCGUGCUCGAACAGGACUACGGAGGCGUGAUGGUGUUCAACAUCGACAUGGAUGACUUCAAUGGUGUCUGUGGCGUGAAGAAUCCGCUGCUUAACUCUGUGUGUCGAAAGUUCAACGAAGGACGCUUGAUCGACCCGCGCAUAGGUUAACGUGUGAGAUUGCCUGCGCGUGACACUUGCAUUUUGUGAUUGUGCGGCGACUCGGUUUUACCUAGCGACGCAGUGCGUGCUCGUGCAAGUCCACUAUGCCUUUCUGGACGACACACCAAGGCUUGCCGACGCACUGUGAUGUAUGGAUGACUGAUUGUUGUCACUUUUGUCAUACAGACCACUCUAUGUAAACCUCAGGGGCGCACCAUCGCAUCGAAGCUUCCUAACUGUACUGCCCAGCGCACGGCGAUACGGCGUGCUCAUAUGUAAGAGUUGAGAAAAUGUAUAGACAGGUUUGGCUGUCCCAAAUGAAUCCCAGAUGAAAUGGUUUGUAUGAAAAAAUGUAAAUAUCAGUCAUGAAGGGAGCCUUGUUCGUUCAUUGUGAGCACUGCGAGACACCACAUUGUUCCUCAUUCAUUACCGACAAUAAAUCGUCUCAGAUGUGUACAAGGAGUCGUGGACUGUCUGUUAUUUUCCCAGCGGCACUAUAAGGGUACAACACGUCUACAAAAAUGCUGCGAACGUACACUUCUGCGAGCGCCAUAUACGUUAGUGGCGGACACAAGCAGGCCGAAACUUGCAGAAACCAUGUUUCGAAAGCAUAAAACAGGCGCAGUUGGACAGCGUCUACUCUAGUAACUACAUAGAUGUAGCAGCAUAGCUGCUGUUAGCUACGGCAGAGCAGAGUGAGAAUGAAUAAUGGCUGUAUUUUCCCCCAAGAACAACGAGAAAGAAAAGCCCCGACGCCUUGUGGUUGAACAAACAAGCACAAGACUGGCGCUACGAUAGAGAGAGAGAGAGAGAGAGAGAGAGAGAGAAACGGGAGCG